GAAUAUCUGUCAACAAAUUUUCACUUCAAUGACAGAAGAACGAAAAAUUUUCUUGUAAUAUUUCAAAUCACUUUUAAAUAACUUUAUUAUUGCAAAAAGUCUAACACAAAAUAUCUUUUUAAAAAUGACUAUAAUCGACAACAUUCGUGAUUGGUUUACCGCAGAAACUGCCCGCAACAAAAAUGCCUCAAUAUUAUCUGGAUUUUUGUUUUUUGCUGGUUGGUGGUUCCUUAUCGAUGCUAUGUCAAUUGACCCCAAACAUCAAAUCACCACAGGUCAAGUGUUUGUUGGAAUCUUCGGGACACUUAGUUUCUUUAUGGUCAACACUGUGAAAAAUUCUCAUAUAAACGAAAAUUCGGAUGAUAAUGGAGCUAAAUUAGCCAAGAUCUGGCUUCUAAUUGGCUUUGUCAUGGGAUUCGCAUCUGUUAUCGCUGCCGUUUGGAUUAUGAUCGAUGAUUUCAUUAACAAUCCUAAAAAAGACAACUGGCCAGGAGUAGCUCUCCUGAUGCAGAAUGUUCUCAUUCUAGUUGGCAGUCUAGUUUAUAAGUUUGGUCGCAACGAAGAAGAUUGGAAUGAUUCGUAAAUUUGUUGCAGCUAAUUUUUCGAUUUAAGGAAUCUUGGUUUUCCCUUAGCAUUUACGUUUCUACAAACAAAAAAGAAGAACAUAUUUUUAUUUUGUAUCUAAUCAUAAAAGAAAUAACAUAAUUUUAUUCAUAUUUAUUUCUAGAAAAACAAACAAACACACAUAAGUAAUGUAUGUAAAUCUCAAAAGAAUAUUCUUAAAACGACAAGACAAUUGUAAGGGCAAUGUGUUAUUCGAAAUUAAUGCGAAGUCGUUUUUAUUUUAAAAUAAGCCCAAAUUUAAUGGAAAAGUAAUUUUUAGAAAAUAUCAUUAACGAAAAAUAAAAACUAAACGAGUGUUUUUAGUAAACUUAA